AUGACAGUCUCAAAUACAAGUUUUCCUAUCGGCUACUUUUAUAUCAUUUCUCAAAUGAAUGGAUUGGUUUUGGGUAUACGUGGCGACCAAGAGGCUGCGACGAUCGGCAGUAAAAUUGUCAUGGUGGAGAAAAAGCAAGAAUCCCCUGAACGAGAUGGUCAGCUUUGGAUACACCAAGAUGGCUUCUUGACCAACAAAUUGACGGGUCUCGUCCUCGACAUCAACGCCGCCCAGAGCUUUAUCGCUAUCUUUACUGGUGAAAAACGUCUUUACUUGGAUUCCAUGAAAGAAAAAGAUGCGGCCAAUGAUCAACGUUUCGGCUUUGAAAAGGAUCCAGGCUUCAUCUUUCAGCUAUCAGAUCCCAACAUGGUUGUUGAUAUUCGCCAUGAAGAAACCGAUCCAGAUUCACGUGUCAUGAUCUAUCCACGUAAACCUUUGACGGUGCCAGAAGGAAAACCUAAGCCAGUCAAGAAUCAGUUGUGGACACUUGAAUUGAGCGACCCACCACGCCAAGUUGACUCGGAUGAUGAGGAUGAGGAUGAUAGCAAACGUGCCCGUAUGCGUGCAUGGUUUGGCAAUUGGAAAGGUUGGGGUGAGCGCAAAAAGGAAAUGUUACAUGAAGAACGUCUGCAUGAAGCCCAUGAAAAGGUGUACAAGGACGAAAAGAAGAAGAAAAAGUCGACACUAAGCAACGAAUUGAUCGCAGGCGCUGUUGGCUACGAGGCAGUACACCUUUGGGAAAAGAAGCGUGAACGAGAUGGCGAGGAAGAUUUGUCUGCUUCUAAAAAGUUGAUUGCCGAGUUUGCUGCAUCAGAACUCGUCAAGGUGCUCGCAUCACGUGGCGAAGAAGAUGAUGAUGACAAGUCGAGUGCAAAAAAGAAAUUGAUGACUAGGAUGGCGAUCAUGGCUGCAACCAACUACUUUGAAUCCAAGCAUGGUUCAUAA